AUGUUCGACCUUUUCGAGAAUAUUUCCGCGAUGACCCCGGGCUCUUACACGGGUUCGUUCUUGAGUACGCAAGACAACGCUUCAGAGACGCAAGCCGCGAGCGCUGGAUAUAGCAUCGGAAGGACUCCUUCCGGAGUGUUCCAAGAUAGCGUGAACAACGCUUUCAUCCACGACUUGGAGCUUUUGAAGUCUCCCACCGCUCCGCUAAGCGAUAAGAAGCCCAUUCUCGACGUUCUCUGCGACAAGGUGUUUCCCUUUCGACUCCAUGACGGCGAUCGGAGAUUUCCACCGAUGGAGUUUUACUCCUACUUGCUAUAUAACUCGCCGAAUCGGGAUUUUGAGUGGCCUCUCGCAUUCCGUUGCGUGACCUACUUUCAUCAGUCGUCCGCAGCUACAGUGGACAACGUCAUCCAGGAUCUCGUCAGCUCCAGAGCUGUUAUUGUGGCAUCAGGUGUGCUCACCGAAUCUUUUGGUCAGACCAAGCCUCCUCAGAAGCAAAAACGCAUUCGAAGUGGCUCGGCCAUGAUAAAUCACGCAGUCGUGAACAACGACGAGCCUCAAGAGCUUCUUGCGCCUCCUGCGAAGUGGGCCAGGGCAAUUUCAAUUGUCACAGGGGUUCCUGUCGACUACAAACAAUUGAUUGCUACCGAACUUGACAAACCUUGCUCGUUCACUUACCGAAAGCUUAUCACUAGCAUAGAUCAUUCCACAGACGUCGAGAAGGCCUACUACCACCAUAUUCGUAAAGAUGCACCCAAUAUCGCCAAUGAUCACACUUGGCCAGACACCCAAGACAAAAUGUUCACGUACAUUCAGCAGGCAGUCGAGGCCAUCUUGGACACGUCCAACUUCCACGAGAAGGACAUUGCUCUAGAGAAAGCACGGGCUUGGGAAGCUUAUGAGGUCACACAAAGAGCUGCCGAGGACGAAAUGAACACAUUGUCAGCACAAGCGACCCUUAAAAGGAAGAGACAGAUCGACGUUCCCAAGAAGCCCUCUCCAAUGACGAAGCUCGAGAUGACUUACGCCGAUCCGAGAAGCAGCCCUUCGAAGCUUCUUCAUGCUGCAGUGCACCACGAAUUGAGGGACAUUGAGGUCGAGCGUUCGGCCAUGAGUGUCCAGACUGGGAAAACGAUGAAGCCAUACUGGGCAAGCAGCGGCACUCCUAAAUGGGAGCGAUACCCAUCAUUCGCAUCUCGUUGGGAUGCUGUCUGCCACAACCUUCGACAUCACAAGGUCACUGUUCACUCUUUGCUGCGCCAGAGCUGGGGCGAUCGAUUGACGGCUUCUCCAGCUGGCGAAAGAAAGCUUAAGCUUGGGAACAAGGCCAUUAAUGCUAAGCGCGAUGUACAGAAUCGCGCUGGUCGCGAGACCCUUCGCCGUGAGGAGCAAGCCUUUUAG